CUGCAGAGCUUCCUCUCUGAUUUUUCCGGCCGGCUCCAUUCCAAUAGUAGUCACCGGUGCCGUUCAUUGGUCAAGCUAGUCUGCGACCUCGUGGUCCGUAUGAGACGAAUGAAAUUCUCUAUUUUGAGCUACCAGGAGUUUCCACAAUGAGUGCAGGUGGUUCGUUUGGAGGCAAUAGAGGAUUGAGACCAGUACCCCCAGAAAAAGGAGUCUUCCCUUUGGAUCACAUGCACCUCUGCGACCUGGAGAAGAAAGAAUACCUCAAUUGUCUUAAGUCCUCUGGUCAUCAAUCUGAAAAAUGCAGGCACUUAUCUAAAAAAUACCUUGAAUGUCGUAUGGAAAAGAAUUUAAUGGCAAAGCAGGACAUUACAGAACUAGGAUUUGGGAAUUCCAAUUUGUCUGGUGAUAAAUUGGAACAAGUCUAGAUUGUUCAGCCAUAGAUAACCAUGACCAUUAACCAGCCCUUUCGAAGCCUUGAAGGAUUUCUUAAUGUAUUGAUCUUAAUCAAAUUACUAAAUUUUUUGCAGAUACAAUUCCAUCUUUCAUGAACAGUGUUUCAGCUGKCCGUCAUAUUGGAACRUUGAUCAUCUUAUCUCAUGUUAGUUUGAAAGCAUUAUUURUA